AUGUUUAUCUCGUGUGCUCUGGCCCUCGCGGUCUCUUCCGUCGCACUCGCGCAGACCUCAUCGUCGAAGCGUGGCCUGGUGUUUGUUCCGAACGCCGACAGUGCCAAGGACAAUCAGAUAUGGGUUCAGUCCGGGUCCGACUUGACGUGGUACUACAACUACGACGCGAUGCCCUCCCCAGCCUUCGCCGGCGUGUCGCAGGCCGACUUCGAGUUUGUCCCCCAGCUGUGGGGGAAUACCGACGGCACCACCUUCCUCGACCAAGUCGAGGGCCUGAUAGAUUCCGGACGCAACAUCACCCACGUGCUGGGGUUCAACGAGCCGGACGGGCCCGCUCAAUAUGGCGGUAGCAACAUGGACCCUUCGGUCGCUGCGGGCGUCUGGGUGCAGAACAUCGCUCCGCUGGCCGACAAGGGCGUCAAGCUGGGCCUGCCCGCCUGCACCGGUGGCACCGGAGGCAUUCCGUGGCUGCAGCAGUUCCUCGGGAACUGCUCGAGUCUGAUCAGCACCGGCGGCCACACCAAGAACUGCACCUACGACUUCGUGACCAUCCACUGGUACGGGAACUUCGAGGGGCUGGCGAGCCACAUGGGUUCCUACUCGGCCGCUUUCCCGAACGUCACGCAAUGGAUCACCGAAUACAACCUGAACGACCAGGACCUGACCACCACCCAGAGCUUCUACAACACGUCAUCCCAGUACUUCGACCGCAUCGACAGUGUCGCUCGCUAUAGCCUCUUCGGCUCGUUCCGGUCAAAAGAUAGCAACGUCGGCCCCAACGCCGUCAUGCUGAACAACGACGGGAAGCUCACCGAUAUUGGCUCGUGGUACCUGGGCGGCACCGCGACUGGUGUCAAGCCUCAGUCGGCAGCAGGGAGGUAUCAGGCGCAUGUCCUGUGGGCGGUUGCUUUCGCGGCUGCCGGAAGUGUCCUGCUAUGGACCUAG